AUGGCAGAUGAUCUCCAGAUGUCGAGGCAUAUUAUUGUCAAUGGCCUCCCAAACAAUGUGACGCCCGAAAAGCGGGUGCUCUUCCUGCGACACAUGACAAAGAAGGUGAGUGAGGUUCUUGGACAUGAAAACUUUACAAUCCAUUUAGUCCUUGACGAGACCACAGGCCUCGUGACGGGUGCAUUUCUUUCAUUCGCCACGGUUGCCAACGCGGAGGACGCCCUGGCACGUCUCAAUCUUUACCGCUUUACAAAAACAGAUGUUCUCACGACAUAUCGAUGGUCUGCGUUGCAGGCGGCAAGCGCUGCGAAGGAAGAGUACAAGCCACCGGAGUUGACGGACGACGUGGACGCAGAUCUUGCGCACACCAUGUGUGAGGACAUAAUGGCACGUCCUCAGUUCUUUAUUAAGCAAGGGGAGUCGUUUGACGUGGAAUGGUACUGGUUUAAUUACAUGACACUCAAGGACGAGUUGUACCGAAAAGCACGUGCGCUGAAGACGGAUUCAUUGGGUCAGUGGACAGAAAUGGACCG